AAAAUAAACAACACCUUCGAAAAUGUGAUGCAUGGGAUGGUAGCUGAAAUUUGAAAGUUUAUUUUGUGGAUCAGGGAUAUGGUUUUCUGGAGUUGCAACUGAAGAAUAGCUGGAGCACGGCACAUAACUUGAAAAUGGCUUGGAGUUGGGCGCCAAGUAAUUUCAAUUAUCCUGGCCAAAGUAAUGCAAUACAUUAUGGGGGAAGAGGAACUGCCCAACAACUUCCAAAUGCUCCCUUAUGUGAUCUGCUUGGGCUUCCAGUACCAGUGCAUACUAGUAAUCACAAUAAUAAUGUACAACAUAGAAACCGGCCCAGGCAAUAUUAUGAGCCAAGAGGGCAGUUCCACCAGAGGCGUUUCCCAGCACCACACUAUAAUAACCAUAGAAACAGGCCACAAAACAGACCUCUUUUGAGUAAUCCAUACUUACAUGAGAAUAGGCAACCAAGAUUUACUCAAAACCCUAGAAACCCAACAUUUGUAGGAAACCCUAGAAACCCAACAUUUGUAGGAAACCCUAGAAACCCAACAUCUGUAGGAGAUCCUACACAAGGAACAAACUCAAGAUGGAUGCAAGAAUGGCAGCGUGUGGAAACCAUGAACUUAGUUAGAAGUGUUACUAUAAAGCAUGAUCCAUUUUAUGAUGUUCAUGAUACAAUAUUGCAGAACAUUAUUAUAAAAAAAAAUUCAGAGCAAAUGCAGUUGACUUUCAAAUUCAACUUAAGAUCAGACCAACUGGAAAACCUUCGCAGUGAUGACAUGUAUCAGGGAAGAAGUUCGACAGGCCCCCACUACACUAUGCAGCACUUCCAGUACCAGUUGCUAUUAGGCCAAUAA